CUCGUGAUACGUUGUUGGUGCCUCUCCGCCGCUUAGUUAAGAAGUAUUGAAACCUUCUUAGCUGUAGUAAGUCACAUUGAUGUGACAUGAUAAGACUACCUUCUCAAUGGCUUUGUCGUCAACGCAGCUCAUUUAAAAAGCCCAACUUUAGUACAUCUCCAAUUCUUUUUACUCUGAAGAAAAACAAAAUGGACUGCUUAACCUAUCAGGAUAUGUUUGAGCACAAUAAAGCUGCUUUUUUGGCAGCUGUGUCGGCUGUUAAGCCUGCAAACUUAAUAGAGAGUUCUGUACAGAUAAAUGGAAGUAUUCUGACUGUAAAAGGGAAUGACUUUCAGCUGAAGCAACCAUGCCAUGUAAUUGGAUUUGGCAAAGCAGUUUUGGAAAUGGCAUUAACAAUGGAAAGAAAAUUGGGCGACUAUAUGAAGCAGUGCGUAAUAAGUGUACCCGUAGGUACAAAAAAAGCGCACUCAAUACCUUCAAACACCAAGGUUGAGAUACUAGAGGGAGCAGCAAACAAUCUUCCAGAUAAAGAGGCAGAAGAAAAUACAAGGAAGAUUUUAAAAAUUGUAGAGGAUCUGAAAGAGGAUGACACUCUCCUUGUACUUAUUUCGGGUGGAGGCUCUGCAUUACUUUCACUACCAGUUCACCCUCUUACACUGGAGGAAAAAUUGCAGGUAAUAAAACAAUUAGCAAAUGCUGGGGCUGACAUCCUCCAAUUAAACUGUGUACGGAAGAGUUUGUCUGCUGUAAAAGGGGGCCAGUUAGCUGCUGCAGCUCAACCAGCAACUAUUAUCUCACUAAUCCUGUCUGAUGUGAUUGGAGAUCCAGUUGAUUUUAUUGCAAGUGGUCCCACUGCUCCUAAUAAGGACAACCCUGCUGCUGCAUGGGAUAUAAUUUGCAAAUUCCAGCUCCAAAAUUCCAUACCUCAAUCUGCUGAGGUUUGUCUUCGUUCCAAUUAUUCAAGAGCAAACUCUAAUCUAAAGGACAAAGAAGUUAACAAUAUUCUUAUUGGCAAUAACUUGGUGGCAAUUACAGCGGCCAUGAAUAAGUUGAUAAGCCUGAACUACUCUGUGUGUUUUUUAUCUCCAAGCAUUCAGGGUAAUGUCACAAGAAUAGCAGUGUUUUACUCUCAAUUGGCAUCUAGGAUAUGUAGAUUUUUAGCCUCCAGCAAAUGCAAUUUAUUUGAGGGAUUGGAAGAAGCAUAUUUGCUCUCCAUAGAAGCUAGAAAUGAGAUUGAGAAAACUGUUUGCAACAGCUCCCAUACUAGAGGAAUUUGUCUUAUUGCUGGAGGAGAAACAACUGUGAGAGUAACAGGAACUGGGAAAGGUGGCCGUAAUCAAGAACUUGCACUCAGAUUUGCAGAAGAAUCUAAAAAAAUAUCAACUGGAUGUGAAUAUGCGAAUCAAUUCUCAAUCUCACUCUUGUCUGCGGGUACUGAUGGCAUUGAUGGACCUACAAAUGCUGCUGGAGCUUUUGGAUAUGCUGAACAAUUAGAUGGCAAUGAAGACUACAUAAAAUAUUUAGAAGACAGCGACACCAAUACUUUCUAUUCUAAAUUGAAUGCAGGCAAGAAUUUAAUUCUCACAGGACACACUGGCACUAAUGUAAUGGACAUUCAUAUUGUAACUAUUUGCAAAAAGUGAAGUAAAUUUUUCUCCAUGGUAGGAUGUACUGAUUA